UCCCAGUCUGCACCACCAUGCUACUUCUGAAAAGGUUGGAUGAGACUUUGGCUGGCAAAACACAAGGUAUUACUCUCCCACUCCUACACCAUGCCUGUCUGUGGACGACAAAGUUCCUUCCAAUCCAGCGGCCAUGCUCGAGCCCGCUUCUCCGCCCACUUGGUCGCUCAGGAGCAAGAACGAGUUCGAACCCUACAUCCGCCCCUUUCUGCAUCCCUUCACCGCCAGACAAGUACUUUUCUCCGCCUACCCCUCCUUUUCCUGCUGCUCUGCCUUGUCCACUUACCCCCGGCCUGCCACUCACGGAGAGAGAAGGGCGGGGGAGGCGGUGGCGGCCACUACGUUCCCAUCCCACAGCCUCCCCCCCACCACAUGGCCCUGCCCAACAUCUUACGUGGCCUCAGCAUUGCUGUUGUCCUGGUGGGCAACUCCAGCGAGGUGGCACUGGCAGGGGCACGAGAGAAGGAGGACUUCCUACACAUUGCCCCUAAUGUGGAGGUGCUGACCAUGAACGAGACCGACCCUAAAAGCAUCAUCAAGAGUAUCUGUGACCUCAUGACCGAGCACUGGCUGCAGGGAGUGGUGUUUGGAGAUGACACUGACCAGGAGGCCAUUGCACAAAUCCUGGACUUCAUAUCAGCCCAAACCCAUAUCCCCAUUCUAGGAGUACGCGGGGGCUCUUCCAUGAUCAUGGCUGCCAAGGAUGACAACUCCAUGUUCUUUCAAUUUGGCCCCUCCAUCGAGCAGCAGGCUUCUGUCAUUCUGAACAUCAUGGAGGAAUAUGACUGGUACAUCUUCUCCAUCGUCACAACGUACUACCCGGGUUACCAAGACUUUGUCACCAAGAUCCGUAGCACCAUCGAGAACAGCUUUGUGGGCUGGGAACUGGAGGAGGUUCUUUUGCUUGACAUGUCUGUAGAUGAUGGAGAUUCAAAGAUCCAGAACCAGCUGAAGAAGCUCCAGAGCCCUGUCAUUCUUCUCUACUGCACAAAAGAAGAAGCCAACACUAUCUUCGAGGUGGCCCACUCAGUUGGGAUCACUGGCUAUGGCUACACUUGGAUCGUGCCCUCGCUGGUGGCUGGAGACACUGAUGUAGUGCCAGCUGAGUUUCCCACAGGUCUUCUCUCUGUAUCUUAUGACGAGUGGGACUAUGGCCUGGAGGCUCGUGUUCGUGAUGGUGUGGCGAUCAUCACCAUGGCAACUUCCACCAUGAUGAUGGACCGAGGGCCUCACACCUUGUUGAAAUCUGAGUGCCAUGGAGCUCCAGACAAGAAGACCCCCAUCUCAGGCAACCCCAAUGAAGUGCUCAGGUACCUGAUGAAUGUGACGUUUGAGGGGCGUAAUCUGUCGUUCAGCGAGGACGGAUACCAGAUGCACCCCAAGCUUGUCAUUAUUCUGCUCAACAAAGAGAGACAGUGGGACAGGGUGGGUAAAUGGGAAAAUGGUUCCCUGUCCAUGAAAUACCAUGUGUGGCCUCGCUAUGAAUUGUAUGGGGGGACAGCGAACAGGGAGGAUGACCACCUGUCCAUUGUGACAUUGGAGGAGGCUCCGUUCGUCAUUGUGGAAGACGUGGAUCCACUCAGUGGGACCUGUAUGAGGAACACAGUACCCUGCCGGAAACAGAUCAAAACACUUAAUCAGACGAAGGAGUCGGGCAUCUACAUUAAACGCUGCUGUAAGGGCUUCUGCAUCGACAUCCUGAAGAAAAUUGCCAAGUCAGUCAAAUUUACGUACGACCUCUACCUGGUCACUAAUGGAAAGCAUGGCAAGAAAGUCAAUGGAACGUGGAAUGGCAUGGUGGGCGAGGUGGUGUUAAAAAAUGCACAUAUGGCUGUCGGAUCCCUGACCAUCAAUGAGGAGAGGUCCGAGGUCAUCGACUUUUCUGUUCCUUUCAUUGAGACAGGAAUUAGCGUCAUGGUUUCCCGCAGUAAUGGCACUGUUUCGCCUUCAGCCUUCUUAGAGCCCUUCAGCGCGGAUGUGUGGGUGAUGAUGUUCGUGAUGCUGUUGCUGGUGUCAGCAGUAGCUGUGUUCAUAUUCGAGUACUUCAGCCCUGUGGGCUACAACCGCUGUCUGGCUGAUGGCAGAGAGCCACAUGGUCCAUCUUUCACCAUUGGUAAAGCCAUCUGGCUGUUGUGGGGUCUGGUCUUCAACAACUCUGUGCCAGUACAGAAUCCCAAAGGCACGACCAGUAAAAUCAUGGUGUCCGUGUGGGCCUUCUUUGCUGUCAUUUUCCUGGCCUCCUACACUGCCAACCUGGCUGCUUUCAUGAUCCAGGAGGAAUAUGUGGACCAAGUAUCUGGUCUCUCAGACAAAAAGUUCCAAAGUCCCAAUGACUUUUCACCUCCAUUUCGGUUUGGCACGGUCCCCAACGGAAGCACAGAGAGAAAUAUUAGGAACAACUAUCCAGAAAUGCACUCCUACAUGACGAAGUUUCAUCAGAGAAACGUCAACGAAGCUUUGCAGAGUCUGAAGUCUGGCAAAUUGGAUGCUUUCAUUUAUGACGCAGCCGUAUUGAACUACAUGGCCGGCAGGGACGAGGGCUGCAAGCUGGUGACCAUCGGCAGCGGCUACAUCUUUGCCACAACGGGCUACGGCAUCGCCAUCCAGAAGGAGUCGCUCUGGAAGAGACAUGUGGACCUGGCUAUCCUGCAGCUUUUUGGAGAUGGUGAGAUGGAGGAGCUGGAGUCCCUGUGGUUGACGGGGAUCUGCCACCACGAGAAGAACGAGGUGAUGUCCAGCCAGCUGGACGUGGACAACAUGGCCGGGGUCUUCUACAUGCUGGGCGCUGCCAUGGCUCUGUCGCUCAUCACCUUCAUUUGCGAACACUGGUUCUACUGGCAGCUACGCUUCUGCUUCAUGGGUGUCUGCUCCGGUCGGCCCGGCUUCGUCUUCACCAUCAGCAGGGGAAUAUACAGCUGCAUCCAUGGAGUCCAGAUUGAGGAAAAGAGCAGCUCCGCGUUGAACUCCCCAUCAGCCACCAUGAACAACACCCAUUCCAAUAUUAUGCGCCUCUUACGCACUGCCAAAAACAUGGCUUCCCUGUCAGGGGUGAACGGCUCACCGCACAGCGCUCUGGACUUCAUCCGCCGCGAAUCUUCUGUUUAUGACAUCUCUGAGCACAGGCGCAGCUUGGCAGGCCACUCAGACUGUAAACCUCCUUAUAUGCCAGAAGACAACAUGUUUAGUGACUACAUCAGUGAGGUGGAGAGGACGUUUGGCAACAUCCACCUCAAGGACAGUAAUUUGUACCAGGACCACUAUCUACACCAUCAUGGCUCCACAUUAGGGCUGAGUGGCCCUCCUCAAAACCGGCCCCAUAGUUUGGGCAGUGCUAGUUCUCUGGAGGGCGGCAUGUUUGACUGUGACAGCCUGGGCGGAGGGGUGGCGCCUAUCUUUACCACCCAGCCCUGCUCAGCACUGACCCACAGAAACAUGAGCAAGUUUGACCUGCUGUCCGGGCAGACCCCUCCCUCAGGCCAAGGUUUCAAGGGAGGUCUGCCUGACCUGUACGGGAAAUUCUCUUUUAAAGGAGGCGCCUCAAGUUCCACCUACAUCCCUGGGCCCAGCUACUGUGGAGGGAGGGGAGAAGAUGAUGGGAACAUCCGUUCGGAUGUCUCGGACAUUUCCACACACACGGUGACUUACGGAAACCUGGAGGGUAACGCGAAGAAGCGCAAACAGUAUCGCGAUAGCUUGAAAAAGAGGCCGGCCUCUGCAAAGUCCAGACGGGAGCUGGACGAGAUUGAGCUGGGCUACAGGCGGAAACCAUACCACAUCAGCCACCACCACUACCACGGCCACCGUUCUUCCUCCCCGCCACUUUUUCCCUCUGAACGCAAGAGAGGUGGCGGGGGAGGUGGAGGAGGAAACAAUGAUGGGAACUCGUAUCUUUUCAGAGAGAAGGAGAGUGUUAGGGACUUUUAUUUGGACCAGUUUCGGCCCAAAGAAGGUGUCCCUCAGUGGGAACAUGUAGACUUGACUGAAGGUCCCGGGAAUAGAGACGGGGGAGUCGGAGCCUGCACCUCCUUGGUGCCAGUGGAUGAUUUCCUGAAGAGCAAACCCAAAAAGACAGAUUCAAAGAGCGGGGGAGGAUCUGGACUGGCAGGGGGGGAGUGGGAAUGUAGGAACUGUCGGGCGAGUGGGGGCGGAGGGGGCAUGCAGAUGUCCAUGCAUGGUGGAGGGGGUGGCGGGUAUGGUGGUGGCAUUAACUGUGGCUCAUCAGGAGGUGGAGGUAACAGCCGCCCCAGUUCUGCGACCUGCAUGCGCUGUGAAGGUUGUAAAAAGACAGGAAACCUCUACGACAUCAGCGAGGACAACAACCACCUCUCAGAACAGAUUGGUGGAGGGAAAGGUGGGGGAGGAGUUGGAGGUAUGGGCCUUGGCCCUCAGUCUCAAUCUCAGGCCCAGCAGAGGAGGAAGAGUGGAGGCAAGCAACUGAGGCGGCAGCAUUCGUACGACACAUUUGUUGACCUUCAGAAAGAGGAAACAGGUGGGAUGGGAAGUUUGAUGGGAGGUUUAGGAGGAGGAGGAGGGAUGAGUGGAGCAGGUAUGGGUGGAAUGCUGCCCCCACCCAGAAGUGUUAGCUUGAAGGAGAAGGAACGCUACAUGGAAGGUAACAGCCCCUUUGCGCACAUAUUUGAGCGCCAUGGGGGCUCAGAAAGAGAAAGGGAAAGAGACAGAGAUCCAUUGUUUUAUGGAGGUGAGAGUCGAAAAGGACCUGGCUCACCUUUUGGCCUGUUCAGAGGAGGUGAGGGCCUCCACCGCCGCUCCAUCGGAGAAAGAGACAUAAGAGACAGAGACAGGUCUUUGAUGGAAGGAGGAGGUGGGGCAGCUUUCUCUUUAUCCAAAUCACUUUACCCUGACCGGGUAAACCAAAACCCCUUUAUACCCACCUUUGGUGAUGACCAGUGUCUGAUGCAUGGAGCCAAACAAUAUUACAUGUCAAAGCAACAGCAGGAGCAACAAGUUGCCAAAAACAGCCGAAGUGACUUCAGGGGCCAGAUGAGUGCAACGUCGUAUAUGCCAUCGGCUGCCACAGCGGGGGUCAUGUCCACCGUGGCCCCGCGGUUCCAGAAAGAGCUCAGCCUCGGUGGAAUGAACCAUCACGGUUCCUUGUUGGGGGUUGGCCCCCCACGUCCCUUCAAUGGAAGCAAUGGCCAUGUGUACGAAAAACUCUCCAGCAUUGAGUCUGAUGUGUAAAAGGCAGAAGGGGGGGAAGAGGAGGAGAGCAAUAGAAGCUUUGAGUGUUAGAUCAGGGGUGAUUUUAAAGACAAUGUAGAAAACAGGGAUAUAGGGAAAAUAUUCAUUUGAAAGAAAAUAAUGGUUAAAAAUCAGGAUUCUCUGAGGAGGUGCGGGAUGCUGACCCUCUAUCAAAAAUGGCCAAACUUACCCCUUUUUGUUAACAACAAUCCCCCUUAAUCCCCUUUUGAUGCCCUAAACUCUGAGUCCCUCAUUUCCUCCAGCAGUUUGGUAGAAGUGUUGAUAAUGCAAUGAUGCAACACCCCGUCUUAGCUUGCUACAGGCUGUGACGUGAUGCGGUGGCAGUCCGAAGACUCCCACUGAGCGUUUGUGAGGAAACAGUGGAGACUGGAACAAAAUGCCCAUCUGCCCCCUCUGCCACUGAAGAACGUCGACAUUGUCACAUUGACCAAAUAACCAC